AUGCGACAUAUCCGGGGAUUACAGAUAUUGUCCCUUGUAGUAUUGUCGCCUUUAAUCAUUUGCUUAUUGGCACUUUUAUCAAUACUUGCUUUACCCAUUUAUUCAGUGUUGAAACCUACUUUAUCUCGGCUUGUGCCAACAAAGACAAUUCUAUGCUUCUUUGUUUUGUUUCUUGUUGUAACAUUAUUUAAGACAAGACGUACCGUCAAAAUAAAAGAGCCAUUAGAGUUCUAUGAUCAACCUAUCACCGAGAAACCUACAAAGAAACAACUAAAAAAGCGUAAACCAAAAAAGAAUAAGCAAUACAAGAAAAAGGAUAAGCAUACAAAGCAACAACCAAAAGAUAGCAAAAUAACUCAACCAGAACAAGAUAUGGACGAAGAAGAACAAGAUAUGGAAGAGGAACAGAUAGAUGAGCACAUGGAUGAGGAAGAUGUAAAUUAUGCACCCGUUACACCAUUGCAAAAUUCACCUGAACAAAGUGAUAAUGAAAUGACCGUGAAAAAGAACAACAAUUGGUAUUCACCAUUUUCAACUGGAUUAGAUUUAGAUAUUCUACCAAAGUUUACAAUGGAUCAAUACAAGAUUCACUCCACCAAGAAUGCUUGCACAUCACCAUUAAUACCCAAUAUAUUAUAUCAUCAUCCUCAUCUUCAUCCUUCUUCUCCUCCUUCUCCUCCUCUUUCUCAUCAUCAUCAUUCUAAAAUUGAGUUACUAGAAAAUCAUCCCUUUAUAUCCACUUCAUCCAAUCAUCAUCAUCACUACAAUAACCAUUGGGGUCCUAUAGGUGAAAAUAAGUCUAAAUCCUCGCUUACACUAAAAUAA